AAGUCUCUCUCUUCCAGGUACCAGCUACCAGCUCCUUAUCUCCGUGAAGGAAGGCAGACUUGAAACCGAACGACAGAGGGGGGAGCAACUGCCCUAUAGCCCGGCAGGUCUUCAAGUCUGUGGCUGUGGGCAGCAACCCAGCCAAGGAAAGGGAAGCCCUGCAGCACCAGUGCAGCACAUUCCUUUAAUGGUAGGAAGACACACCCUUGACGUUUCUUGAAAGGUUGGUCCAUGUAAGAAGUGUGUAGGGAAAGGAAUCUAAGGACAGGCAACAAAGAAAAAUUGCAACAUGGAAAAGUUCUACAAAGAAAAUGAAGGAAAGCCAGAAAACAAGGGAAGGGCAGAAGAUGAAGGAAGUACAGAAGAGGGAGGAAAAGCAGAUGAAGACAAGUCAGAUACAGAGGGGAAACCAGCGCGCCAGGGCAAGCUAGAGGAGGAGGGAGGGCCAGGUGAGCAGGCACAACAGAAAGGUGAGGGGAAGCCCGAGAAGCAGGGAAAGUCUGACGGGGAGGGCAAGCGCCCAGGGGAGAGCAAGCCCGAUUCCCAGGCAAAGUCAGCCAGCGAGGCGCGAGCUGCAGAAAAGCGCCCCGCUGAAGAUUAUGUGCCCCGGAAAGCAAAGCGAAAAACAGAUAGGGGGACAGAUGAUUCUCCCAAGAACUCCCAGGAGGACUUACAGGACAGGCAUGUGAGCAGUGAGGAGGCGAUGAGAGAGUGUGCAGAUAUGACAAGGGCUCAGGAAGAGCUGAGGAAGAGGCAGAAAAUGGGUGGUUUUCACUGGGUACCAAGAGAUGCACAGGAGGCUUUAGUCCCCAGGGGCCAACGGGGAGUCAGGGGGGUGAGGGGAGGCGGAGGCAGGGGUCAGAAGGACUUGGAAGAUGCUCCAUUUGUUUAAUGCCUUCAGCCUUUCCGUUCUGGUUUCUUUGAUGGGAAAUAUUGCCAGCCCUGCUUUCCCUGGUAGGCUUUUGCCGGGCUCUGUGCUUUAACCUUGUGCUGAGAUUUUCCUUUAGGUGUCACUCCUGUUACCAGCAGACAGCACUAUGUCUUUUAGUAAAGGACUUCCACCCAUGUGCAUGGAAGAAAUGUUCAUGGUCUACUGUAAAAUAAUAAAGAGAACAGUUUGCAGAACCACAGAUACAG